AUGCCAUCACAUUUUGAUACACUUCAGUUGCAUGCAGGCCAGCCGGUUGAGAAACCACACCAACCAAGAGCACCGCCAAUCUAUGCAACUACGUCGUAUGUAUUCAAUGACUCGAAACACGGAGCCCAAUUGUUUGGGUUAGAAACUCCCGGUUAUAUAUAUUCAAGGAUUAUGAAUCCUACAAAUGACGUUUUUGAGCAGAGAAUGGCGGCUUUGGAAGGCGGUAUUGGCGCAUUGGCCACAUCGUCGGGUCAAUCUGCACAAUUUUUGGCAAUUGCUGGUUUGGCUCAUGUUGGAGACAAUAUUGUUAGUACUUCAUAUUUGUAUGGAGGCACUUUUAAUCAGUUCAAAGUUGCUUUUAAAAGAUUAGGAAUUGAGACGAGAUUUGUUAAUGGUGAUGCUCCCGAAGAUUUUGCUAAAUUAAUUGACGAAAAGACAAAAGCGAUUUAUUUGGAAAGUAUUGGUAAUCCAAAAUAUAAUGUUCCCGAUUUUGAAAAAAUUGUUAAAAUCGCUCAUGAUAAUGGUAUCCCUGUUGUGGUUGACAAUACCUUUGGUGCUGGUGGGUUCUUGGUUAAUCCUAUUGCUCACGGUGCCGACAUUGUUGUUCAUUCUGCUACUAAAUGGAUUGGUGGUCAUGGUACUACAAUUGCUGGUGUCGUUGUAGAUUCUGGAAAAUUCGAUUGGACAAAAUAUCCUGAAAAGUAUCCUCAAUUCUCUAAACCAUCAGAAGGUUAUCAUGGCUUGGUUUUGAGUGACGCUUUGAAGGAGGCUGCGUUUAUAGGACAUUUGAGAAUUGAGUUAUUGCGUGACUUGGGUCCAGCUUUAAAUCCAUUUGGUGCAUUUUUGUUAAUACAAGGGUUGGAAACUUUGAGUUUAAGGAUAGAAAGACAGAGUGAAAAUGCAUUAAAAUUAGCUCAAUGGUUAGAAAAGCAUCCACAAGUUGAUUCUGUUUCUUACUUGGGUUUGCCAUCACAUGAAUCACAUGCGUUGGCAAAGAAAUAUUUCAAUAAUGGUGCUAAAUACUUUGGUGGUGCUUUGGCAUUCACAGUUAAGGAUAUCGAAAACCCUUCAAAUGAUCCAUUCAACGAAGCAUCGCCAAGAGUGGUUGAUAAUUUGAAAAUUGCUUCGAAUUUGGCCAAUGUUGGUGACUCUAAAACAUUGGUGAUUGCACCUUACUUUACAACCCAUCAACAGUUGAGCGAAGAGGAAAAAGCUGCAUCUGGUGUUUUGAAAGGAUUGAUAAGAGUAUCGAUUGGAACCGAAUUUAUAGACGACAUUAUCGAAGACUUUGAUCAAGCUUUUAAGAAAGUUUAUGGUAAUUAA